UAUUCAGUGCUGUCAGCUGUGGAAGUCUGUGUGAUAAAUAUAAUUUAUAACAUUUAACAAAAUGAAUUUAUUACGCGUGUUUUUAUUUAUCUUUAGUUUUAAAUACGCUUGCAGCGACUGGGUUUCAGAGUGGUUUACGCCACUACAGCAUCAUUACUCAGGCAUCGGCCAAGCUAAUGAUAACAGAGAUUUAGAUGCUCUUAUCACAGAUUUGACACCCAAUAAUAUUAUACAAAAUCAGGCAAAAAAUACUCUACUAGUAGAAGAAUUAGAAGAUAAUGAAUCGAUCUCAGAUUUGAAUAAAACGCUAGAAAAUACGAUAAAUAAAACAAAAGAGUUUAUCGCCAUAUUAAAAAAGGAAAUAAGCAGGGUCUCAAAAUUUCAGCUCCGUUUAAAAGAUAUCAUAGCAAAUGGCAGUUUAGGUGUGACAGUCGCUACCGUGUGGACGAUGGAUCAGCCAGCGCGCAGCUACCUGGUGUCGAGGUCAGCUUGGAGCGUGUGCAGCGGGGACAUCUCAUUCCCCGCAGACUAUCCACCUACCAACUGGAAAUCUGUACCGAAGUGCGACUAUGACGAAACACCAGCAGAGAAGCCGGAUCCGUGCAUAUUCAACUCCAUCAUCAAGUACAGUACAAUACCGAGCGCGCGUCGCUCGCUGUACGCCGAGGAUGACUAUGUAUGCCAAAAACACUCCUUCAGCGAUAAGUUAGAAAAAUACAUGUCUGUUUCCCCCAGCGUCAUCCAACACACCUGCAGAAAUGUUUUAGGCAGGACUAUUCACGCUUUAGCAAGAUUUGGUGACGAGCUUUGCUUAGAGUCUCUACCAGACUCUAUACUAUUAAGAACUCUCAAUGCAGCAGAAUCAGCUUAUGCCAUUGUUAAAUUUAACAAAAACUUUUUCUCAUAUUUUAACUAUAAUUAUUAUUCCACUGAAGAUACGGAUGGUCUCAAAUGCAAAAUAUCCAUGAAAUCCGCAUUAAAUACAUUUAAAUCUCCUAUGCAUAUGGAUAAGCAAGUAGAAAAUUUAGAAAUUAAAUUAGACCCUGAGUCUUGUAAAUUAAUUUUCCAGCUUAAGUGUAAACAUGGUAUUAUUAAGACUCAUUUUGUGUCAGUUAUUGACUGCAAGACUAUGCAAGCUGUAUACACAAAAGACCAAGUGCCAAAUAGGUUGACAUCAUCUCAAAGAGUUCUUUCAGAAGCACUCAGCAACUUUCAAAGUUCUGAUGACCAGGUGACACUAGAUGCUACAGGACAAGUUCUGGUUCUACGCAAUUACAUUGAUAAAAAUGUGGAUGUGUCCAAAAUAAUAAGGACACAAAUAAGUAUAAAGCCCACAGAGUUUGAUGUUUAUAAUAUUAGUGCUGAAACUGUGAUAACAUUCACAUUGAAGGAGUUCAGGGCAUUACUAGCUUUUGCAGAAGCAUUGAGUUUGCCGAUUCAACUACAUUUUGAAACAACAGGCAAGCCGGCAGUUUUCAUUGUACAUAAUGGAAAUACUUUUGAGGCACAUUUUGUAUUAGCCACCUCUAAGCCAGACUCUGCUACACAAGUAACUCAUUCCACACAAAACUCCUAUGUUGAAAGAAAAAGAAAGGAAAAGACCGUUUCAGAAGUUGCUGCAAAAAAAAUGCACUUAGACAAUGAUGUUAACAAUGUAUCCAAAUGUUUAGAUGAGGACUCACAUUUAUUUAAUUAUAUUGAUAUACCGGAUGAAGAUAUGUGCAUCCAAAAAUCAAAUGCUAUUUUAAAAACGAUAGGAGCAAAAUGUGGAGUUGAAUUACCAGACGAUUUCAUCCCACCAUCACCUACUUCUAAAAUUAAAAAUGUAUUUAAAAGGUGCUUUGAAAGUACCUUCGAUCCAAAAAGCGUGUGGGGCACUGUGCUUGCAGAGAACUCAGAUAGUGACUAAGUAAUUUUAAUUAAAUUCAAAUAAAAGCAUUAUUGUUUUAUGUAAGAUUUUAAUUCAGCUGUAUAUAUUUAUUUUGAAGAGGUAAAAUGAAAUAACAUUAGUACUGUUUCUUUUUAUAGUAGAAAAUAUAGAUACAGGCAAUAAUUUGUACACACAUCACAAAAUUAGUAAGUAUUUAGAAAUAUAUAAACAUUGGCUUGCAAAAUACCUCUAGCAAUAUUACAUUAGCUGCAAAUUAACAACUUUUGAAUAUGCUUCAAUGAGAAGUGGUGGUGGUGGAUCUGCUAUU